CGAGCGCUGCGUCUCUACGCACAGCCACACCAAGCUGCCACUGCGGAGCUCCAGCCCAGCACCCUGCGCAUCGGCCGGGAGCCCCUCGGCAUCCACGCUGCGCCAUGGCCAAGGCUACCGAUGUCUGGUCCGACCUCGGCUUCGUCUUCUUGCUCGCCUGCCUCCUGCCCUUGGGCCCAGCGAAGGCGGCUGCAGGUCUCUACAAUCUCAGUCUUGUUACUGAUGGUCCUGCUACCGUUGGUACAGAAGUGACCAUCUUAGCCAACCUGACGGUCAAGGACAAUGGCAGCCUGUCCCUGCCUGCAGACGCCCACCUCUACCGUUUCCACUGGGUCCACACACCACUGAUACUCACUGCCAAGACUGAGAAGAAUCUAACCUCGACCAUCCACGUGGUGGGCAGAGUGGCUGGGGACUUCUCAGUCUCUGUCUGGGUCACUGCUGUUGACUGCUGGAUGUGCAAGCCGUUAGCCAGGAGUGCCCUGGUACUCCCCAUCAAAGAGUCACUUGUGGGAAAACUAGUCAUUACUCAAAACACCUCCGUGUCUUGGCCGAACGCCUACCUCACCAAUAAAAGCCUUAGAUUCUCCUUUUUCCUCCAUGACCCGAGCGACUUCUUCAAGUUGGCUUCCUUCUUCUACCGAUGGGACUUCGGAGACGGGACCUUGUUGAUAACUGACACCCCUGUGGCCUAUUACAACUAUUCGAGUGUUGGAACCUUCACGGUGAAAGUCAGGGUUGUGGCAGAAUGGGAGCAGACAGAGCCGGAUGCCGCGAAGGGCACCGUGCAGAGGAGCGGCGACUUCUCAGCUUCCAUAAAGCUUCGGGAGGCCCUUCAAGGCAUCCAGGUCUUGGGGCCCACCCUCUUGCAGACAUUCCAAAAGUUCACAAUGACCAUGAACUUCCUUGGGAGCCCGCCUCUGGAGGUGUGCUGGGGCCUCAAGCCACAGUGUCUCCCACUGGAGGACAGAGAGUGCCACUCUGUGUUGGUGACCACCACAUCUUUUAACCUGAGCCACGUCUUCCAGGACCCUGGGGACUACUGCUUCAUCUUCCGUGCUGAGAAUGUCAUCAACAAGGCUCACCAGUUCCACAGGAUUCAGGUGUGGCCCUCCAGCUUGCAGCCGAUUGUCUUCGCUUUCCCGUGCGCCACGCUGAUCACCGUGCUGCUGGUUUUCAUCAUGUACAUGACUGUGCGGAGCGCUGCUCAACAGAAGGACCCAACUGAGAGUCCGGAGGUCACGGGGCUCAAGUGCUGCUGCCAGCUGUGCUGUGGAUCCCUCUUUCUGGAAUCACCAUCGGAAUACCUGGAAAUCGUCCGAGAGAACCACGGGCUGCUUCCGCCCCUCUACAAACCUAUGAAAACUUACAACGUGUGAACUCCCCACACCCA